AUGAGGGUUCUCCUGUUCUUUGCUCUUCUGGUUCUAACCACCGCUGACAAACGUCCUCCCACAAAUUAUGGAGCUCCAAAUGGAGGUUUCCGUAAUGGGCUCGGUGCCUCAAAUGGAGCCCCGAGCAAUGGUUACACACUCCAGGAAGCAAUGGCUGCUCCAAGCAAUGGAUAUGGAGCUCCCCCACGUAAUGGAUAUGGAGCUCCCCCAAGUAACAGGUAUGGUCCCCCAACAGGUUCUUAUGGACUAGAUCCGGAGCUGGUUGCUUUGCAGGAAAACAUCCCCGGAGGUGGCGUCCCUGGUGAAGACUACCCAGUCUUGUCUUCUCCACCAGAUACUGGCUUCUCCUGUGAUGACCAGGCAGUGCCUGGUUAUUACGCUGACACCGCUCCUGAUGCCAGCUGCCAGGUGUUCCACAUUUGCCAGGACCGUGCCCUCAGACGUCAGAAGGACUCAUUCCUGUGCCCCAACGGUACCAUCUUCAACCAGCAGUACCUGGUGUGUGACUGGUGGUUCAACGUAGACUGUUCUCAGGCUGAGAACUUCUACUCUGUCAACGAACAGAUUGGUGUCGUCCCCAGUGUUGGCUAUGGUUAUGGUCCUAUUGCCAGUGGCAUCGCCAAUGGAAUCACUAAUGGAAAUAUCAACAGAUAUAAUAAUGGUAAUAGGUACAAUGGCAAUGGCAACCGAAGAAAUUUAAAUGGUGCAAAUCUUUAUGGACUCAAUGGAAAUGGUAGGAACGGCAAUGUUGCAAAUGGUAAGAAUGGGAAUGGAGUCAGAAAUGGAUACAAUGCUCCAAUUGCUCCCUCCACGUCGUAUGGAACUCAGUUUUAA